GUUUGAGCUCCAGCACAACCAACACCUCCUUCACCACCGACCAUGGAGGGAAUUGAACCGAAUCGCGGCGUCGCAUCUGCGCCAGUAAACAACACUGCUGAGAGCUACUCUUUGUUCCAGGAGCAGCCGCAAUGGACGGAGAGUCUCAUCCGAUCGUUCGAGCUCGCAGCUGGCCCGCCCCAGCAGGAGGCCGAGAAUAUCCCCAUGUACCGCCAGUACUUCACCUACGAACAGCGCUCGAAAUGGAUGAAAGACCUCCUACGCCUCUUCGAGCUCUCACCCUAUCGCUACAGUGUGGACCAGCGCAAGAUCGCAAAGGCGUUGUCCUGCAUGGAGCCCUCCUUCAACACUCGCUGGGAGCAGCACUUGAAGCGCCGGAAAGAGCAAAAUCUGCCUGUGGACGAAAACUCCUGGCCCUCGUUCUACGAAUGGGUUGUCUCGCUCAUGCCUGAAUCUGGAGAUGUUUACCAGGCAACCUUUGACCGCUGGCUGGCUGCCAGUCAGGAUGGCCGCUCACCAGUCGAGCUCGCUUUCUACAUUGCGUCUUUGGAAGACAGACUUGGUGAAUUACCCGAAUACUUCAGGUCCGCCGCCUUCAUCCGAGCCAUCGAUCCUAAGCUGAGGAUGAAGCUCGCGACUAACGGCUUGUUCUGUGACACCCCUCGCGACAUAUUGGUCGAGCGCGCUCAAGGGAUCUGGGAAGCCCAGCAAAUUGAAUCCUAUGCUAAGCCCAACAUUCCCAAGUUUUCAACUCCUCCUGUGGACAAAGAAGAAGAGACGUCCAAAGCCGAUCCAUCUUUAAGCAACACGCAAGACAACACUCGGGUUGCUGCUGAGAUACCACCACCUGCAGAGAUCAAAAAAGAGAUCAAGUGUCCGACUUGUGACAAGACUGGGCAUCAACCUGCUGACUGCCCUCAACUUCCAUCAAAGGCGCCACCAGCACAACCGGCUCAACCUCCACCAAAGGCACCACCAGCGAAACCGACUGAACUUCCAUCGAAGGCACCACCAGCAAAACCGACUCCCAACAACAACACUGCGGGUGCUCAAAAGAAGUCAUCUCCAGCAAAGACAGAAGUACCUCCAGUGAAGACAGAAGCACCUUCAGCAAAGACAGAAGUGGUAGUGAAGUGCUCUUCCUGUAGCCAGGAGGGACACAACACUCUCAACUGCCCUCAAUCUUUGUGUUCGCUUUGUGACAAAACAGGACAUGUCACUUCCAGAUGCCCCACCCGUCUAUCAAAGUCAGUGUCACGCAAACCUUCCAACAACACACAGGGUAUUACUGGGGAUGCCAAAAAGGUUUUGCCUCCUGCUCCUGCAAAGGCCACACCUAUGCCUGCUGCAAAGGCCACACCUCCACCUCUUGUCAAGGCCACACCUCCACCUCUUGUCAAGGCCACACCUGCAGCUCCUGCAAAAGCCACCCCUACAUCCCCUGUCAAGGCCACGCCUCUGCCUCCUGUGAAGGCAACUAUUAAAGGGCCAUCCUGCUCUUACUGUACACAAAAGGGAGGUGAUGAUUCUGUUCGCAAUGCUGGUCCAUCAAAUGCUCUAAAAAAGGGCCCGGCUACCAGAAACAAGCAGGUCAAUUCUGGGGUGCCCAACAAAAAACCUCCUCCCACAGCAUCAUUGCCUGCAAAGCCAACUUCUACAACAGCAUCUCCUGCAGCACAGAAAGUGGAGAUACAGUGUUCCUCUUGUGGCCAGAAAGGACAUGAACCAUCCAACUGUCCUACACAAUCAUCAAAGGCAUUACCCAAUGGACAAUCUUCCAGUGUCAAGCAAGUCAAUGCUGAGGACUCUAGCAAGACUUCUAAUCCUGCAGAACCACCAUCCACAAAGCCACCCCCUGCAAAGACUUCUCUUGCAGAGGCACCCCCUGCUCAGUCUCAUAGGAAAAAUGGCUUAUUCACAGAGCCUGCUCCCACAAUGACUGCUCCUACGCAAGUUCCUUCCACAACAUCUCCUCCCACUCAGCCUUCUUCUGCAAAGGCUCCUCUCACUCAGCCUGCUUCUGCAAAGGCUUCUGCUAUCCAGGCUUCUUCCACAGCAGCUCCCACCACACAGCCUUCUUCAAUGGCGGCCCCGUCCACACAGCCAAAAGCACAGGUGCAAUGUUCUACUUGCAACCAAAAGGGACAUGAAGCAUCGAACUGCCCUGCAUCAAAGAUGGCAACACAUGGACCAGCUCAAAAUGCCAAACUGGACAACAACCAGAAUACCAACAGUGGUCCCCUUCCUGCAAAGGCCAGUCUGAAGUGCACAGCUUGUGGCCAGGAUGGACACCUUGCUGCAAACUGCCUCAAAAGUCGAUUGGAAACUCCAGGAAAGGGGCCACCACCAGGUGGCUUCAAGACCAACUACAAAAAUGUGAUAUGUUACAUCUGUAACAAAAAAGGGCAUAAUGGCAACAGGUGUCGAUACCGUUCAUCAGCAGGGUAUGAUAAUAUUCCGUAUGAUUCUGAUCGAUCAUUUCAGUCAAGAAGAUGGCCAGAAGAUGGAUGGGAGAACAAUUCAGAUUCUAGUGAGGACCCACGUCACUAUAGACCAAGAGAUGUUGCCAGGUGUGCUGCAUGUGGCCAGGAAGAUCACCAUGAAUCUCAGUGUCUCAAGAGUCGGUUUGAUACCUCAGCAAAUAAGCCAAAGCCAAAUGGCAGGCAGAAUCACCCUGAGGGUCCCAACAAGGAGCCUAAGAAAGAAUGGUGUUCCACAUGUCUCCAACAGGGACACACUGCCUCCCAUUGUCUCAAACGUCGAUUGGAAAUGUCAGAGACAAAAUCAUCCAAUCACAAAGGCAGAUGGGACAACCCUCACCCGAAGAAGAAGUUGCGUCAAAACAAUGAUGAAAACGAUCUUCAGAAAGCAAUUGAUUCACGACCAGGAGAAUCAUUGCGCUCUCGGAUGUCCUAA